AUGCCUGCUGAAAAGUGCAUUAGAAUUUCCUGGAGAUUCUUUAUGUAAGGACUUAUGAUGAUUCCAUUUGUAACCUAUGAGAGAAGAUCAGGGGACGAAAUAGUUAAAGCUAAAUAUAAGCUUUCAUAUAUUUUCAAUCUGGAUAAUUUCAAAAAAGUAUAUAUAAGCUCUUUCACGUCUUCCAUGUGGUUCACAAUGACACUUUUUGCUUAAGAAUGGAAUUUUGUCUCCCAUUCAUUAGUUUUGGGUGCUUUAUAAAAUUUUUUUUUUAGUAUAGACCGAAAAAUAAAAGGCAUAGAAAAUCAUAAUAUAGAAAACGCAGGAUAAACAAUGGUAAUAGGCGGUGUAUUAUGUAUACUAAUUGAUUCUUAUACAUUUGAAACUGCUGAUGCGAUUCCUUCCACGACUUCUUAUAAAAUGUUUAAAUUAUUAAGAAGAGCGACUUGGUAAAGAGUCAUCUUGGGUAAUUUUACAUCGAUUUUAGUCAGUUUUCUAGUCUUUAAAAUGGAUAAACAUUAAGGGAUUACAAGGAAGACUUACCCUCCGUAUUUAGCGGCAAUGAUUAUAUGUUUUUUGACUGCAAUUAAUAUGUAAAUGAGUGCUUAUUUUUUUUCAGGAAGUGAUUUUGAUGUAAAUCAUUUAUGGGGUUGGCUCGGUCUUUUUACCAGUGAAUAAUUUAGUGGAUAUUUAUAUAUGAGUAUUAUUUUAUGCUUUGGUAGUUUUAUUACAGGGGUACUCGUAAGUAAAUUAUUUGAACCAAUUAUUCCGGCUACUGCUUAACUUUUUGAACCCGUUAUUGCAACAAUUGUUUUCUAACUUGUGGGUGUUUAGAUUAUUCCAAGGGGUUUAACUUGCAUAGGUUACGUAUUUUUGUUACCGGGAAUUUUCUUGAUUAUACUUGGAUAACAUUUAAUUGUUUAGAGGAUUAAAUAAGAGCUGGUGGAUUAAGAGAGAUCAGAUGAAGUGUAGAGAUUAAGAUAAUGGUAGAUUUAAUAGGACUUAAGCAAAGAAGAAAUUCAUUUAAAGCUAAUGUAAGUAAAAGAUAAAGAUCUAAUUUAUCUUCUGUAUUAUCAAAAUCAUAAAAUAGUUCCUUUACAAGAAAAAACUCAAGAUUUUAAUAAUAUAAAGUUAUUUUGUGCAUUUAUACUUGAUCAUUCUGUUACUACAGUAAUUAUGACAGUUAUUACUCUUUAUGCCCUUUUUGGAGAUGAUGUGAGAGUUUUAGUAACAGAUUCUUAAGGAGAUUAAGUUUUUUGGGUAUUAAAUAUAAUAAGCAUGGCUUUUUUUUCAAUAGAAAUAAUAGUAGCUUCAUUCACAAAAUCUUGUUAUUUUAACAGUUUUUUUUUCUAUUUAGACUUUGUAUCUACAAUAUCUCUACUUUUGGACAUUGGUUGGAUUUCAAAUACAUUAUUUGGUGUUAAUAAUAUUUCAUCUGCAACAUCAGCCGCAUAAUUAGCAAAAGCCGCAAGAGCAUCUAGAGUAGGUACACGAGCAGGAAGAAUAGUAAGAAUAGUGAGACUUAUUCGUUUAGUUAAAUUAUAUAAAUAAGCACAUUAAGUAAAUAUGUUUGAAACAAAAUUAGGAUAAAAACUUUCAGAUUAAACUACCAAAACAGUCAUAUUAAUUGUACUUUCAAUUAUGGCCAGUGUACCAAUGUUUAGUUCCGAUACAUAUAAUGAUUAAAUAACAAGCUAUAAUACAGGAUUAAGUAGUUUAUAUCUUUAUUAUACUAAAACCCCAUCAGAUGACUUAUAUAAAAAAUCAUUAUAACAAUAUAUAGAUUUUCAUAAAAAAUAACGAUACCCAAUAUUAAAUAUCCGUUACUAAGUAUAAGACAUUAAUCUAUAUUCUAGUGAAACAAACCCAGAAAUCACAAACUAUCAGACCCUAAGAUUAGAAGAAUAAUUUAUUUAUUCAUUUGAAGAUUCUUAAGGAGAAAUUUUACUGAGUAUAAUAAUUGAUAAAAGAAUAGAUAAUGAUUUAAAUGCCAUAUUGUCUAUUGUGCGUACUAUUUUUGUAUCUAUAGUCCUUACUGUAGGAGCUAUUUUAUUUUCUGGAGAUAUCGAAUUAUUAGUACUUGAACCGAUCGAAAGUAUGGUCAGGAAAGUUAAAAGAAUUUCUGAAAAUCCUUUAGAAGCCGCCUAAUUGGAAGAACAGGAAACUUUGGCAAUGGAAUAACUACUAAAGGAUGGUAAUUUGGAAGAAAUUAAAAAAAAAAAAGAACAAGAAGGGUAUGAAACAGUUAUUUUAGAAAAACUAAUCAUUAAAAUUGGAGCACUUUUAGCGAUAGGAUUCGGAGAAGCUGGCUCUGAAAUUAUUGCUUCUAAUAUGAAACGAGCAGGUGAUGUAGACCCUAUAAUUGCAGGGAAAAAAGUUAUGGCAAUUUUCGGAUUUUGCGAUAUUAGGAACUUUACAGAUGCCACAGAAGUGCUUUAGACAGGAGUCAUGGUCUUUGUGAAUGAAAUUGCGGAAAUUACACACGCUAUAGUAGAUUAACAUAUAGGGUAACCGAACAAGAACAUAGGAGAUGCAUUUUUGUUAGUAUGGAAAUAUCCAGAAAGUGAUACUUUUUAUGAUGAAGAAAGAGUUAAUAUAUAUGCUGAUUUACCAGUUUUAGCUUUUUUGAAUAUAAUGUCAGCAGUUUAUGUAUCGAAAAAAUUAGUUAAAUAUCAAUAGAAUUAAAAACUUAAUUUUAGACUACAUAAUUAUAGGGUUAAAAUGGGUUUCGGACUACAUAUAGGAUGGGCUAUUGAAGGAGCUAUUGGUUCAAAUUAUAAAAUAGAUGCUUCUUAUUUGAGUCCAAAUGUAAAUAUGGCUUCUCGUCUAGAGGCUGCAACGAAAUAAUUUGGAACUAACUUAUUAAUAAGUGGUGAAUUAUUUUAAAUAUUAACUCCUAAGUGUUAAUAAUAAUGUAGACAUAUAGAUAGAGUGCUUGUGAAAGGUUCUUUAUAACCUAUGGAUUUAUACACUGUGGAUGUUCAUUUAGAAAAUAUUAAUACUCGAGGAUGUGGAAAAGACUAGUUUGAUAUUGGAAAUUUAACAGUUCCUUAAAAAAAAAGAAUGAGAGUCAUUAGUAGAUUGUAAAGAAACAAAUUGAAAAAUGAUAUUUUUUCAUGUAAAUCAUUUCCAGCUGAAAAAUUCAAAACUAAUAAAAUGCUUUAUGCUAUGAGAGAACUUUUUAGAUCUAGUUUUUAUAAUGAAUGGAAUAUAGGUUUUAAUUAUUAUAUUUAAGGAAAAUGGGAAUAAGCUAAAUGUUAAUUUUUAAAAACUUUAGUUAUGCUUUCUUAACAUAAUUUUAUUGAUGGGCCUUCUAAUACUUUAUUAAAUGUAAUAAAAGAAAAUAAUGAUAAAUGUCCAAUAAAUUGGAAAGGUUAUAGAGUUUUAACUGAAAAAUGA